UCUAAAUGCCUGUUAACUUGGUCAAAAUAUUACAAUCGCAAUCUGCUGGUAACUUUAUGUUGAUGUGUUAUACACAGACAAACUGUUGAGUUAUAAACAAUAAUGUAAAAUGCAUAUAAAGCAGAUUAUAAUACAAGGAUUUAAAAGCUACAAAGACCAAACAGUGGUCGAACCUUUUGACAAGAGACAUAAUGUGGUUGUUGGAAGGAACGGUUCUGGAAAGAGUAAUUUUUUUUAUGCAAUACAGUUUGUGCUGAGUGAUGAGUUUACUCACCUGCGUCCUGAACAAAGGCAGGCGCUUUUGCAUGAAGGAACAGGCGCUAGGGUUAUUUCGGCUUACGUUGAGAUAAUUUUCGAUAAUAGCGAUAAUCGAGUUCCAAUAGACAAAGAAGAAAUAUAUCUACGAAGAGUCAUUGGUUCUAAAAAAGAUCAGUACUUUUUAAACAAAAAAGUAGUUCCCAGAACAGAAGUCGUGAACUUACUUGAAUCUGCUGGAUUUUCGAACUCUAACCCAUACUAUAUUGUCAAGCAAGGAAAAAUUAAUCAAAUGGCUACAGCAGCUGAUUCAUACAGAUUAAAAUUACUGCGCGAAGUAGCUGGUACUCGAGUAUAUGACGAACGAAAAGAAGAGUCGCUUAAUAUUUUGCGAGAAACCGAGGGCAAACUUGAAAAAAUUUCAGAGUAUCUCAGAACUAUUGAGGAACGAUUGAAAACAUUAGAAGAAGAGAAGGAAGAGUUGAAGGAAUAUCAAAAAUGGGAUAAAGCAAGGCGAAUGCUGGAGUAUAUAAUACACGAAACUGAAUUAAAGGAAACCAAAAAGGCACUCGAUGAUUUGAAUGAACAAAAGAAAUCAUCUGUCGACAAGAAAAAAAUUUAUAACAUCGAAAUUCAGAAGGCUCAAGAAAACAUAAAAGAAAUUCAAAAGCGUUUAAAAGAUGCAAAAAAAGACGUUAUCUCAACGAAAGAAGAACGAUCUGUAUUGUUAACAGAACAGCAACAACUGCUGCGUGAAAAAACAAAGCUUGAUCUUAUUAUAAUCGAUCUUAAUGAUGAAGUACAAGGGGAUAAUAAAUCAAAAGAAAGAGCUGAUCUAGAGUUAAAAAAAUUAAAAAUAACAAUAGCGGAAAAAGAGAGAGAGUUGGAUGAUGUUAAACCGAAAUACGAAGCUAUGAAGCGUAAAGAAGAAGAAUGUUCACGAGAGUUAUCCCUUAAGGAGCAAAAAAGAAAUGAGUUAUAUGCCAAGCAAGGACGGGGGUCCCAGUUUUCCUCAAGAGAAGAUAGAGAUAAAUGGAUUUUAAAUGAAUUAAAAUCUCUAAGUAAACAAAUAAGAGAUAAAAUUAAUCACAAUUCGAAAUUAAUGGAAGAUUUAAAAAAGGAUAGCAAUGCUGAAGCAGAUCUAAACAAAAAAAUUGAAGAGCAUUCUAACGAACUUGAACAACUGCGACUUCAAAUAGAUGAUCAUAACAAAAAAUACUAUGAAUUGAAGAAAACCAAAGAUCAUUAUCAAGCAAUGAGGAAUGAAUUAUGGAGAAAAGAAACUCAAAUGACGCAACAACUACAAACACACAAGGAAGAACUAUCUAAAACAGACCAAGCACUCAGAAGUAUGGCAGGUAAACCAAUAUUAAACGGUCGAGAUUCCGUUCGCAAAGUGUUGGAUAAUUUUUUUGAGCGUGGUUCUCCUUUUGAUGAAAUUGCCAAAUCUUAUUAUGGACCAGUUAUUGAAAAUUUCAGUUGUGAUAAGACAAUAUAUACAGCUGUUGAAGUUACCGCUGGAAAUAGACUAUUUCAUCAUAUCGUUGAGUCAGACAAAGUUGGAACUCAAAUUUUAAAAGAAAUGAACAAACUUAAGCUACCAGGGGAAGUUACAUUUAUGCCUCUAAAUCGACUGCAAGUAAAAAUACAUGAUUAUCCGGAUGAUCCAGAUUCGAUUCCUAUGCUCUCAAAGCUUAAAUACGAUGAACAGCAUGACAAAGCAUUGAGAUACAUAUUUGGAAAAACUUUAAUAUGCAGAAAUUUAGAAAGAGCAACAGAACUUGCUAAAAGCACUGGAUUGGAUUGUGUUACUUUGGAUGGCGAUCAGGUAUCCUCUAAAGGAUCUCUAACAGGUGGCUAUUUUAAUACAUCACGAUCACGUCUUGAAAUACAGAAAAAACGGUCUGAAUAUACACAACAAAUACGAGAUUUUGAAAAAGAGUUAAGUAAACUAAGAAAUGAGAUCAAACAAACAGAAAAUAGUAUAAAUUCAGUUGUUUCGGAAAUGCAGAAAACAGAAACAAAACAAGGAAAAACCAAAGAUAUAUUUGAGAAACUCCAAGGUGAAAUUCGUUUGAUGAAAGAAGAAUUAUUAAGGAUUGAAAAAUAUAGAUCAACCAGAGAAAGAUCUGCAUCUCAAUGUAAAGCUAGUUUAGAAGCAAUGAACAGCACAAAAGCUGGGUUGGAAGCUGAGCUUAAGCAAGAACUUUUAUCCAGUUUGUCGGUACAAGAUCAACGAGAAAUAGAUCAACUUAAUGAUGAUAUCAGGAAAUUAAAUCAGGAGAAUAAAGAGGCUUUCACUCAAAGAAUGCAGUUAGAAGUUGUAAAAAAUAAGCUAGACAACCUAUUAACCAAUAAUCUAUUUCGAAGACGCGAUGAAUUAAUUACAGCACUUCAAGAAAUAUCUGUCGAGGAUCGGAAACGAAAACUCUUGAAUUGUAAAAAUGAUUUAAUAUCUGCAGAAAAGAGGAUUAAAAAAGUCAAUAUUGAUCUGGAGGACAUUGAAAAGAGAGUUCAACAAGCAGUUCAUCUCCAAAAAACUCUUCAACUUGAGCUAGAAAAUUUUAUGCGGAAAGAAAAAGAAGCAGAAGAAAAAAUAAAUGAGGAUGCAAAGAAAAUGGAGAAAUGGACGUCGAAAGAAAUUUUACUUAAUCAAAAACUUGACGAAUGUGCAGAAAAAAUUGCAAGUUUAGGUGCUUUACCUCAAGUUGAUGGUGUUUAUAGUAAAAUGUCAUUAAAAUCUCUGUUUAAGGAACUUGAAAAGGCAAACCAGCAUCUUAAGAAAUAUAACCACGUGAACAAAAAAGCUUUAGAUCAAUUUCUAAGUUUUUCAGAGCAAAAAGAAAAGUUAUAUAAACGAAAGGAUGAAUUGGAUAUAGGAGAUCAAAAGAUCCGUGAACUAAUGAAGACGCUUGAAAUGCAAAAAGUUGAAGCCAUUCAGUUUACCUUUAAGCAAGUUGCCCAAAAUUUUACUAAAGUAUUUAAGAAAUUGGUACCACAAGGGGCAGGUUACUUGAUAUUAAAAACUAAGGACAGUGACGAUGAAAAAGACGAUAAAGAAGUAGCUAAUUCUGAUGCCUUUACUGGAAUUGGUAUUCGAGUCUCCUUCACAGGAGUGGACGCUGAAAUGCGAGAAAUGAAUCAAUUAUCUGGAGGUCAAAAAUCGUUGGUGGCACUGGCAUUAAUUUUUGCAAUUCAGAAAUGUGAUCCAGCGCCUUUUUAUUUAUUUGAUGAAAUUGAUCAGAACCAAAAAACGUUUAUUGUACGAGAAAAGCUUGACCAUCGAAAAAAUACAGGCGCUUGAUGCUCAACAUAGGAAAGCCGUGGCUGAUAUGAUACACGAAUUAAGUGACCAGGCUCAAUUUAUAACUACUACAUUUAGACCUGAGCUACUUGAAAAUGCUCAUAAGUUUUAUGGAGUUCGAUUUAGAAACAAGGUUAGCCAUAUAGAUUGCGUCACCAAGGAACAAGCAAAAGAUUUUGUCGAGGAUGAUAACACACAUGCAUAGAUUUUGUGAACCACUCGUUUUAUCAAUAAAAAGGAAUUUUUUAAGUAUAAUUUAAUGUUAUUUGGAUUAGGUAAGGUUAAACCGGCUGGCUGUAAUGCCAUACAUAGUCCUUUGUAGUGCCAGAUAGAGGUUUAUUAAUACGAGCUGAAGUUUACGUCGUGCAGGCCGUCAAGGCUUUUUGCAAAAUUUUAAUAGAGACCUGACAUCUAAUAUUAUACUCCAUCCAGUCCCUUUAACUGCGAAGCCUCCAGAUAUCUAAGUCGUGUUCUAGAUAAGGCCGGAGAUAUACAGAAUAGAUGUUUCAGCGUCUAUGCCAUACCUACUUCCCUGCAGUUUCUAUUUGUGUCAUCGUUAAUAAUGCCCAUACGGCUCGGAUAUGAUGCCAGUAAGUUGUGUCCUGUGACUAGGCCAACAACCUGCAGUCUUUUCGGGAGCGUACGAGUAGAAAGUUUGCGUGUUUUCUUUCUGUUCAUUUCAUCUCGCCCUAAUCCAAUUGCUAGCUAUUUCGAAAAUUUCGUUUAGUAUAGUUUUUAACGAUUUGCGUAUGUCUUGAACUGGUUCGGUAGUCAAGCAGAUGGCACCUUUGGCAAUCUCAUCAGCUAUUUUGGACCACCUGUGUGGCCUGGAACCCAGCAUAUAGUAAAUUGCAAGUUUAGGUGCUUUAUCUCAAGUUGAUCGUGUUUAUAACAAAAUGUCAUUAAAAUAUCUGUUAAAGAAUCAAAAAACCAAACCAGCAUCAAAGCCUUAAAUCAAUUUCUUCAGUUUACCUUUAAGCAAGUUGCCCAAAAUUUUACUAAAGUAUUUAAGAAAAUGGUACCACAAGGAGCAGGUUACUUGAUACUAAAAUCCAGAGCCUUUUUAUUUAUUUAAUGAAAUUGAUCAGGUAAUUAACUGUUAUUAACAUGAUGAGUUUCUGAAAUGCUUGCGUAGUAAGUUAACUAAAAAGUUUCUUAAGCUAUUUAGAUUUAAGUUGGGUGCAGCUGAACAUUUUUUAAACGAAGUUUGUAAGUGUCAAGGGCGUGGACAAAUUUUCAAGUGCUUCAUAUUAAAUAAGUGUAAAUGACCAAAAUAAAUAUUGCUUUUGUUUA